AUGGAUGAGGAAAACAUGACAAAAGGCGAGGAGCUGCAGCCUCUGAGUUUGCAAAAAGCGUUACAACAGUGCGAGCUGGUCCAAAACAUGAUAGACUUGAGCAUUUCUAACCUGGAAGGGCUUAGGACCAAGUGUGCUACCUCCAACGACCUCACACAAAAAGAGAUCCGGACCCUGGAGAGCAAGCUGGUCAAGUACUUCAGCCGGCAGCUGUCCUGCAAGAAGAAGGUGGCGUUGCAGGAGCGCAACGCUGAACUCGAUGGCUUCCCCCAGCUCCGGCACUGGUUCCGGAUCGUGGAUGUCCGCAAGGAAGUCGUGGAGGAGAUCUGCCCCGGGCAGCUGAGCCUGGAAGACCUGCUGGAGAUGACGGAUGAGCAGGUGUGUGAGACGGUGGAGAAGUUCGGGGCUAACCCCGAGGAGUGUGCCCGGCUCAACGCCUCCCUGUCCUGCCUGAGGGCCGUGCACUUGUCAGGUGGGAACCCCUCCAAGCAAGACUGGACAAUCCAAUGGCCCACGCCGGAGCCCGGCAAGGAGAACAGCCCGCUGUGCCCCGCGGAGCCCGCGGCCCGCGCCCGCGCCCCGCACCCGUCCCCGAGCCCCCGCGUGCCGGCCCGCUGCGCCCCGCACCUGUGCCACCCCGCGCCCGCGGCGCACGGGGACCCCCGGGCCCACGGGGACCGGCUCUCCGUGGACCGCCCCGGGCCGCUAGAGUCGGGACCCCGCUCUCUGCCGCCCUCGCCCCGGCAGCGGCACGCGGCGCGCACCCCGCCGCGGACCCCCAACAUCGUCACGGUGACCCCGCCUGGCACGCCGCCCGCGCGCAGGAGGAACAAGCUGAAGCCCCCCGGAACCCCGCCGCCCUCCUCCCGCAAGCUGAUCCACCUGAUCCCAGGCUUCACCGCGCUGCACCGCAGCAAGUCCCACGAGUUCCAGCUGGGCCAGCGCCCGGACGAGGCCCACACCCCCAAAGCCAAGAAAAAGAGCAAACCCUUCAACCUCAAGAUCCACAGCGGCGGCGUGGGCAGCUGCGAGAACAUUCCGGCGCAGCCACGCUCCCCGCUUCUGUCCGACCGCUCCCUGCGCUCCUUCUUUGUGGGGCACGCGCCCUUCCUGCCCUCCACCCCGCCCGUGCACUCCGAGGCCAACUGCUCUGCAAACACACUGUCAGUGCCGCGCUGGUCCCCGCAGAUUCCCCGCAGAGACCUGGGCAACUCCAUCAAACACAGGUUUUCCACCAAGUACUGGAUGUCUCAGACGUGUACGGUCUGUGGAAAGGGGAUGCUUUUUGGUCUCAAAUGUAAAAAUUGCAAAUUAAAGUGCCACAACAAAUGCACCAAAGAAGCCCCGCCCUGUCACCUCCUGAUCAUCCACCGAGGAGAUGCCUCCUGUGCUUUUGUCCCUACGGAUCCAGCAAGGUUAGUCCGGACAGAGUCGGUCCCGUGUGACAUCAACAACCCUGUACGGAAACCACCCCGGUACUCAGACCUGCACAUCAGUCAGACGCUCCCCAAAACCAACAAAAUCAACAAGGACCACAUCCCUGUCCCUUACCAGCCAGACUCCAGCAGCAACCCCUCCUCCACGACGUCCUCCACACCCUCCUCGCCGGCUCCUCCCCUCCCACCCAGCGCCACGCCGCCUUCUCCCCUCCACCCUUCCCCCCAGUGCACGAGGCAGCAGAAGAACUUCAACCUGCCAGCAUCACACUACUACAAAUACAAGCAGCAGUUCAUCUUCCCAGAUGUGGUACCUGUGCCAGAGACGCCAACGCGGGCACCCCAGGUCAUCCUGCAUCCAGUGGCCUCCAAUCCAAUCUUGGAAGGAAACCCGUUACUUCAAAUUGAAGUGGAGCCAACCUCGGAGAAUGAAGAGGGCCAUGAUGAAGCUGAGGAGUCAGAGGACGACUUCGAGGAGAUGAACCUGUCCCUGCUCUCAGCCCGGAGCUUCCCACGCAAGGCCAGCCAGACCAGCAUCUUCCUGCAGGAGUGGGACAUCCCCUUCGAGCAGCUGGAGAUCGGCGAGCUCAUCGGCAAGGGCCGCUUUGGGCAGGUGUACCACGGCCGCUGGCACGGCGAGGUGGCCAUCCGGCUGAUCGACAUCGAGAGGGACAAUGAGGACCAGCUCAAGGCCUUUAAGCGGGAGGUGAUGGCCUACAGGCAGACGAGGCACGAGAACGUGGUGCUUUUCAUGGGGGCCUGUAUGAGCCCGCCCCACCUGGCCAUCAUCACCAGCCUCUGUAAGGGUCGGACGCUCUACUCGGUGGUGAGGGACGCCAAGAUUGUCCUGGAUGUCAACAAAACCAGGCAGAUUGCUCAGGAGAUUGUGAAGGGAAUGGGCUACCUGCACGCCAAGGGCAUCCUCCACAAGGACCUCAAGUCAAAGAACGUCUUCUACGACAAUGGCAAAGUGGUCAUCACGGACUUCGGGCUCUUCAGCAUUUCCGGGGUGCUGCAGGCUGGCAGGCGUGAGGACAAACUGCGCAUCCAGAAUGGCUGGCUGUGUCACCUGGCUCCGGAGAUCAUCCGCCAGCUGUCCCCUGACACAGAGGAGGACAAGCUUCCCUUUUCCAAGCACUCAGAUGUCUUUGCACUCGGCACGAUCUGGUAUGAACUCCACGCCAGGGAGUGGCCUUUCAAGACCCAGCCAGCAGAGGCCAUCAUCUGGCAGAUGGGGACAGGAAUGAAACCCAACCUCAGCCAGAUUGGCUUGGGAAAAGAAAUCUCGGACAUUCUUCUCUUCUGCUGGGCCUUCGAGCAGGAGGAGCGGCCCACCUUCACCAAGCUCAUGGACAUGCUGGAGAAACUGCCGAAGCGAAACCGCCGCCUGUCUCACCCUGGACAUUUCUGGAAGUCUGCAGAGUACGUUUCCUCUCUCUACAGCGCCAUCCACUGCCUUGUCCUGUGA